AUGGAAACCGAAGAGAGAUUAUUACACAAACGUCAUACCACCAGUUGGCAUGAUCUGUAUACUCGAACAAUGAAUUCGAAUGAUAUUGUCUGGUAUAAUCCCUGCGGUGGACAUUAUAUUAAUAGCAAUAAUGUGGAUAAUAAAAAGACAAAUAAGAAGCCGCCUCUCAAAAAGAUUUUACGCACCCUUCAGAAGGCUACAGUUAAGGAACAUCAUUCCCUUAAUGCCCGGCAAUUGGUGGCAAUUGAUAUACGCAAUAUGAGUAUGUGGAAUGUUGGCUAUGAUAACAAAUAUAAAUUUUUGCCGCAAAUCGAAGAAAAAUCGAAUUUCUCUCUUCGUCGCUGUUAUCACCAAAUGCAAAAAUAUGUAGCCGGCUUCGAUUAUUUACAUCGAGCUCAACUGACCUGGGAUUAUAACAAGGGUAUGCAACAAAGUCAAACCUCCCGAGAGUUAUUGUCGCUGCGUAAUAAUGCCCGAACAAUUCUAUGUAAUAUUGAACAUGCCAUUAAUAAUACAACUACAAAAUCCAAGAUGGAUGAUGAUGCAUAUAAUCACAUCGCGCCCGUUUAG